CGUUCUACAAACAACUUGAUGAACUACAUGACGAAUACGAUGAAUUACUCAUCAAAGGCCAAGGCGGUGAGGGAUUUUAUGGAAAGGGCUAUAAACCUGGCCAAGGAGGAUCACACAAUGACACACCAGCCAUGGCCAGACAAAAAGCAUUGAAAGCCGCAGAGUUGAGGAAAAUAAUGACACAUGGUGGUAUAAAAUUAGGUGGAGUUGGUUGGGAACAUCAUGGUGUUCCAAUGAGAGAAUUAACUGCUGUUGCGGCUGAAAGGAGAAAAAAUGACAUGGUUUGGUGUGGUAGUGAACGAAUUGGUAAUAGCAAUGGAGAAAGUAAUAGCGGUAAUAAUGUCGCAAAAAUACCAUACAGUGGAAGUUCAUCUGCAGUUCGGAUUCCGGCUGAUAAAAUUCCUGGAAUAAACAACACGUCAUGGA